AUGGUAGUUUAGGCCGAGGGUUUUGUUAAAAAUAAUUGGUUUAUUGAUAUUAUUUGUAAAUUUCUCUCCGGAAUUUGUUUGCAAGCGGGAGAGUGGCACUGGUAUACAAGCCUUCCAAUAGGUAGUUUUGAAUUAGCUGGGCUUUGUGUUUCUCAAUGGGCUUCAGGGUACCUGUAAAGAAGUAUGUCUUAUUGUGUUACGAUUGUCUGAAGGUUUUAGCGUUGAUACGCCUGUCGCCCAUUGUUUGCGUUUAGAAUUAAUUUGUUAAGUCAAUAAAGCUGAUCCAAGCAUUUAAAGUCACACCAUUUUGACACUCAUCGACGGCUUUAUGAAGAAACGCAGGAAACAAAUUAAACUGUUUUGAGCGGAAGACGAUCACUUAGAAAAUGGAGGAGUUUCCAACUGUUUAACGAUACCAAGUCUACGAAGGGGGAAAUGAUUGCCAACAAAAAGAUUAUAAUCUGUUACUUUAUCGUACCCUUUGUUGGACUAGUAUCAUAUUUCAAUGCAAUUAAAGCCGGAUUUGCUUAUGACGACAAUCGAGCAAUCAUCAGCAAUGCAGAUAUCCUUCAAAGUACGCCAUGGGUCAAUAUUUGGCACAACGACUUUUGGGGAACACCAUUAUCACAUUCAGGGAGCCACAAGUCAUACAGGCCACUGACAGUGAUAUCCUUCAGACUGAAUUAUUUUGCAGGAAAGCUGAAUCCAAUGGGGUACCACCUUAUAAAUGUUUUGAUACACAGUGUCAAUUCAUUGUUAUUCUUUGUGCUCGCAACUUCAUUGUUUAAGAAUACUGGUCAGUGCCUUGUUGGAAGUUUGCUAUUUGCUGUUCACCCCAUACAUACUGAGGCAGUCACUGGAGUUGUUGGUCGUGCAGAUGUGCUAUCUUGCAUGUUUUUCCUUGUUUCUAUAAUUUCAUACCAAAAGGGGACAAGCAACAUCACAAACAAACAUAGAAAUGGCUGUCCCACCCAGUGGGGGUUUGUCUUUGCUUCAGUUUUGUCGAGUAUAGCUGCAAUGCUUUGCAAAGAAACAGGGCUAACAGCACUGGCAGUGUGUCUUAUCUAUGACAUCAUAUUCCAUGCCAAACCUCAGCUGGACAGGUUAAAAGAUUCUGUCAUAAGAGCCAGUAGCCGAGGAUGUUUCAUCAGAAUUCUUAUCCUGCUUUUCACUGCGUUCCUUGCUUUGUCUUGGCGUUUACAGAUCAUGGACUUAAGGACACCAAAUUUUUAUAAUUCAGACAAUCCUACUGCCAAUCACGAAGAAUUUAAAGUUCGUGUAUUGACAUUUAUAUACCUCCCAGUACUGAACUUUUAUUUGCUGUUGUUUCCAUGGCAGUUGAGCUUUGAUUGGUCGAUGGAUGCUGUGCCACUUAUAAUAUCAUUCUAUGACAAAAGGAACAUAGAGAGCAUUUUGUUUUAUUCUGCAUUGGGGGCACUGACAUACAGAUUUGUUGGAAGUAUGUCUAGUUGUUCUACGUUUCGUUUGAAAAGCUUAACAUGUGCAAUAGAUUCUCCAUCUGCCAAUGAAAUCAAAUGGGCAAAGGAAACAAAUUUGAAGCAAGCAAAACCCUGCUCUUUCACGUCAAUGAUAAACUUGAAGUUUAAUUGUAUGUAUGGAAGUGACUCUGAUUUGAUAUCAGAAAAUUCUGGAAGCGUUUUUCAAAAGAACUCCAGCAAAAACCAUUCUUACCCGAUUUUAUUUGAUCAUUCUCACUCUAAAAAGACAUCUACAGCUCCGAAUAAUAAUUGCUCAAAUAAUGAAUUUAACAAAGGCUCAUCGGCAGACUUGGCAUUCAAUAGAAGAAUGACCAAAACUGACUGUAAAAGAACUAGAGGAGCUGCAGAAUUUUGUUCUGCUAAAGUGAAUGAAGAUGCCAGCCUUCUAAACCCGCAGCCUCACGAUAUUGAUGAACAGUGCUCCAAUCAUGGUUUUGAUGUUGCAAUUUUUUCUAUUGGAAUUACAGUAAUUUCGUUUUUGCCUGCAUCAAACCUUUUUUUCUACGUCGGGUUUGUUAUUGCAGAAAGAGUUCUAUACAUACCAAGCAUUGGGUUUUGUCUAUUGUUUUCUGUUGGAUUUGGACAUGUUCUGAGUGCAUCUUUGAAAUUUAGACCAUUUUUGAAGGGUGUGGUGCUUUGUUUUCUUUGCCUGCUAAUGUUACGAACAAUACUCAGGAAUGAAGAUUGGAGAGACGAAGAGGCUUUAUACAGGUCUGGUUUACACAUCAAUCCUGCGAAAGCUUGGAGUAACUUGGGUAUCAUACUUUCAAACAAAGGGAGAUUUAAAGCUGCGGAGGAGGCUUACCGUAAUGCGCUGGCCGCCAGACCCAAUAUGGCAGAUACGCACUACAACUUGGGAAUAUUGCUCCAAAAUAUGAGGCGGUAUGAUGAAUCGAUUAGAUCUUACAAAAAUGCGAUCGUGUUCAGGCCAAGUCUUGCCUCCGCCCAUUUGAAUCUUGGCUUGGUUUUUGAUGAGAUUGGCCUUAAACAACAGGCCCUUGAGAUUCUGGAGAACGCAAAAAAUCUCAGCGACCAUGGUUUGAAAAAUCCAAAAGCCCAUCAGCAUUCACUGACGUCAAUCAAAUACAAUAUCGGCAAGAUUCUAUUUGACCUGGGAAAACACAAGGAAUCAGUCAGAGUGUUUCAUGAAGCCAUCGAUGAUAUGCCUGACUCUUUUGCCCCGCACAGCUUGUACAAUAUGCUAGGACAGUCCUAUUCAUUUCUUGGUAAUAAUGAAAGAGCAGAAGAGUGGUAUUUGAAAUCGCUGCGUGUCAAUGAAACGCACGUACCUGCCCAUUUGACAUACGCACGGCACUUGGCCUUGACUGGAAAUGCUAGAGCAGCCGAGCAGUGGUACUCGAAGGCAUUGCAGCUGUCACCGGACAAUUCAGAUGCACAUUAUCAUUUUGCUGAGUUUCUAUUAAAAAGUGGUCGGAAAGUGGAAGGGUUUGCAAAACUUGAUAGAGCAGUGGAACUCAAACCUGACCAAGAAGACCUAUUGUCUUUUGCAGCUACUAGUUUCAGAGAGGCGGGCGUAUACGACAAAGCAGAGCUUUUUUACAGAAAGGCAAUUCUGGUAAACCCAAAGAACCCUGUUCACCACAUGAACCUUGGGGCAUUGCUUCACCUGACAGGACGGCUUGAUGAGGCUGAAGUGAGUUAUUUAGAAGCGGACAGAUUAAAUCCCAACGAUGCAUUGACACUGACGAAUUUGAGGAAGCUUUAA